CACGAUUCGCGCUCUAGUAUUUGACAUGAACCAUCCUGUGUCAAAAUUGCAAAUUGCAAUAAAUAUCCAGGCGCAACAGAAUUAGAAGACUUAGUCUAUUUUUUUAUUGCAAAUUUUUUGAUGUAAAGAUAAAAUAUUUUGUACAGCAUGUAAUCUGAAUAUCAGCUAUGUCGGCUCCUUGAAAUCAAAAUUGUAUAUCGAAAUUUGGAACUAGUCAACAACUCAAUUCAUGUGAAAUACGAAAUAUGUGGAUUUUUGGAUAUGGUAGUUUGGUAUGGAAAGUCGACUUUCCCUACGUCAAGAAGGUGAUUGGAUACAUAAAGGGCUAUGAUAGAAAAUUCUGGCAACAAUCAAUUGAUCAUAGAGGGGUUCCUGAGAAGCCAGGACGAGUCGUUACCCUUGUACCCUCUUCAGACCCAGAGGACAAAGUCUGGGGUGUGGCGUAUGAAAUUGAUGACAGGGACAUUGACACAAUAGCUUCACUUAACCACAGGGAGAGACGCUUUGACCAAAUUAUGCUAAAUUUUUACCCAUACAAUAAUUCCAACGCUGGAUUAGAUGAACUUUACAAGGGUGAAUUUUCCAAUAUGCCGGAUACUACAUUUGUAGCGGCCUCGGUGUACAUUGGACCUCAAGAUGGACCUUUAUUUGCAAAAGUAUGGGGUGCUGCGUAUAAAAUACAUCGAGCUGACAUUCAAAGUGUCUUACAACAUUUGGACCAUCGAGAAAUUAUGGGUUAUGAAAAAGUACCCAUUAUGUUUCAUCCUAUUGCAAAUCAUCCUCAAAAUAUUCUGGAACCUCCAUCGCCAUUUGACUAUGGCAAUCAUCAUAUACAAAGUUUGAGACUUGUUUUGAAAAAUAACCCAAAUACCUCUGAUAUGUCAUCGUCACCUUCUGGCAAGGUUGAAUCAGACUAUGAUUCUGGUACAGAGGAAGAAAAUCAGUCAUCAUCCCCAGCUUUAAAUCAGGAGAAUGGUAUUAUUUCGGUGCUUCAUGAAGAUUUUAGUCAUCUUGCAGACUCUGACAAUGAGUCUGACAAUCUGGAAGAAAUUUCACAAGGUCUCCCAUUCACUGUGACAAUGUACUACGGAUCUGAGCAAAAUGAGCAUUAUAUUGGACCUAAUUCCCUUGAAGCAAUGGCGAAACAAAUCUAUGAAGCUAUAGGACCCAGCGGAAAAAAUAAAGACUACCUCUUUAAUUUGGCUACAGCGAUGCAUCAAAUAUCAGAGGAAGCAGUAGACUCGCAUCUAGCAGAAUUGGAAAUCGCUGUACGAGAUUUGGACGAGAAAUUCAAUCUACACACUCCUUCGACCCCUAUGGAAUUAUGACGAGCAGGAUGAAUAGCAUAUACCUUAUAAAUUUUCGCCAUCUUUAACGACUGGGAAUUUAGCAUUUUGAGACAUUUGGUGUCUGGAAACAUGCAUUUUAUUUUGUAGGUCAAAAGUAUUUGACUUUGCCUAUAUAUACAUACGUAGGUUCUGCAAAUAAACACGAGAAUCACAGCAAA